GUGUGUUUUGUUUCGUUAGCUCGAACGGCGCGUUAUUUCUCUUUUCUUCUUCGUAACGGCUACGAACUGAGACGGAGGCGGCGGCCAAGUUGUGCGCCGCGGCGCACAGAUGCCAGCCCGCCCGGCCAGUCCGGUCCCUCUGCUCUGCCUCUGCCUGGGCCUGCCGCUGCGUGGCUCUACGUCUGUGUGGCUGUACCUCUGCGUGGGCCUGCCGGCGGUCCUCGCAGGUCCCGGCGGGUCCGGCUGUGGGGGGUUGGGCAAGUGUUGCGCCGGUCGAGACCCGGCCUGCAGCGGCAGAGGAUGGAGAGCGGACCGCUCCUACGGCGCGUGCUACUGCGACCAGGCGUGCGUCUCCACCCUGGACUGCUGCGAUGACUACGAGUCAGUCUGCCCAGCGGUGUCCUGUGUAGUCAGUGAGUGGUCCGAGUGGUCAGGCUGUGCCGAGCCGUGUAGGGCCACGGUACGGAGACGGAUCAGAACUAUCCUGCAGGAGCCGCUCAAUGGGGGCAAACCCUGCCCCCAUCUGGAGGAGCAUGCGGGUUGUGCAGAGUAUCAGUCUGAGCAGCGGCAAUGCCGCACGUCCCUUGUUCCAGCUCUCAUUACCACUGGUGGCUAUGGCAACGCCAGGAAGAAGAGAGACAUCCCUGACAGUAGUGAUGUGAUAGGGUAUUGUGUCCAGUUCCAGCUGACCUCUCUGACAGCGGGGUGCCAGCGGGGCGGGGGCCCACACACCCAGUGGAUGCAGUAUUUGAGGCGGGGUCACCACGUGUGCGUGGAGUGUCAGCCCCCCGCUCUUGCCGUCGGACAGAAACAUUGUGCCGGAGAUGGUGAGGUGGAUGAGGAGGACAGGAGCCAGUCUCUCCAGUGGCAGGCGGUGGGAAACCCUCAGUGCAGGGGUGUGUGGAAACGUGUCGGGAGACUGGAUGCCUGCUCCUGCCCUAUGGUCAACAGCUUCCUCUUCAUCUGACCCCAGUCUGUUAUUCUGUCAGUCUACCUCUUAUGCAUAUCCACAAAAAUGUAUGUGUUAAGAGCUAAUUUGCCACGAAUUACAAAUACUGCUCUGCGAUCACAAAGCCUCUUUUAGUAGACAGCUCUGUGGUAGGGGUCAUUUUUAUCCUUCUGACUAUGGUGAAGUGACCACGGGUACCUGGACCGAGAGCCAAAACUGAUGCUAUUCCUUGUUGGGUCCUGAUGCGGAGGGUAGCCUUGCGUGCAGCUGUAACAAGAGGACGGUUGUAGCUCUCUUAAUAUUUUCUUUGGGACGCAAGCUGAAACCGUUUAUGUCUGCUCCGCACAUGGCUGAUGUUCAUCAACGUGCAUGUCGCCGCUCUGCAGACAUCCGACAAGUUCUGUCUAGUUUUUCAAUUUCUUAUCUUACUUUCGUUUUGGAUAGAUACUCGCGCCAUGUUGACCAUGAAAUAUAACUUAGA